UCUGGUAUUUUUUCCCUUAUUUUGUAACCCCACAUGCACACAUAGUAAAGGCUUAAUUAACCCUGGUUCAAUUGAAUGAAUCAUCAGAUUGUAAGCUCCUUGAGGGCUUUAUUAAUUUAUUAAUUGUAUCCCCAGCACUCAGCACAAUAGAAGGCCAUACUAAGAGUUUAAUAAACAUUACAUGGAUUGAACUGUAAUAAAUUUAGAAGGGAAGAGAAAGGAGGAGGAGUCCGUGGUCUCUGAGGUCAUACAGAGCUUGAAAUCUGCAAAUCUAGAGCAUUUCUUUAAAAGGGGAAGAAAAAAUAUGAAAGAAUUGAUACAGGGUGAAACAAAAGGAACAGAACCUAGAGAAUAACAUGCAUAAUAACAAUGAAAAUGAGAUCAACAAGAAGGAAGUUGGCAGCACACAUACUAAAAGAAGUUGAACGUAAAAAACCAACGCAAAUGCCAGAGCACUGACAACUCCGGAAGUCAGUGGUAAGUAGGGGGUUUUAAGUCCGGGCUAGGUUAGUCAGUCAAUAUUUCUAAAGCGCCUACUACGCGCGAAGCCGGGGGGAGUUGGGUUGUGCACCGAGGGAAUGUCAGAUGACGUCACUGUAUCAAAUGAUUUUGAUCGAUUAUUCUUGGUAGGAAAAACUCAUUCUGGAAGACAAAUGAUAUCCAUAAACCUUUUUUGAUUUGAUCAAAUCUGAUCGCUGGUGUCUUUCGAUUCGCACCAGUGGGUCAUUCGGACCAAAGCAGAAUCUUAAAUACGUCACGAUCAAGGAAGUCUCCGUCUCCUUCUGCAGCACGCGGAGUUCGGGGACUACAACUCCCAUGAGGCCACGGGACAGGGAAGUCAAUUACUCCCAGCGUCCUCAUGGAUUAACCCAUUAAUUGGUGCUUCUCAGGGGUAAAGAUGGGUGUGGGUAAAUAGAGGGUAGAGAUGAGGGCGUGAGAACGCUUCCCUGCCUCUAAGAAACAAGAACCGGGAGCUGAGGAAGAAACCGCGAAAGGAGAAGCUAUUUGGCUCCUCCUCCCCACCCUCCCGGACCUCCCAGUCAUGUCAAAGGAACAGCCGGGGGCCUCUUUGGGAGGGCAGCGGGAUAUAGGACGCGGCCUCGAGAACCUGCCCAUCAGUUCCUGGCCAGAAGGGGAAGAGCCAGCGUUUCAGUAUACACCUGAGCACGUGAUUGGACCUGGAGCAGAAGUUGAUCCAACUCAAAUAACCUUUCCUGGAUGCACUUGUCUCACAACUUCUUGCCUUCCUACCAUUUGUUCAUGUCUCCUUCAUGGGGAGAAUUAUGAUAAUUUAUGCCUCAGAGACAUAGAAGGUAAAAUGGAAUUUGCCAAGCCAGUGUUUGAAUGCAAUGUCAUGUGCCAGUGCAGUGAACAAUGUAAGAACAGAGUAGUUCAAAGGGGUCUGCAAUUCAAUCUCCAGGUGUUCAAAACUGACAAGAAAGGCUGGGGGCUUCGCACCUUGGAAUUUAUACCCAAAGGAAGGUUUGUUUGUGAAUAUGCUGGUGAAAUUUUAGGAUCUUCAGAGGCACGCAGAAGAAUACAACAACAAACAAAGCACGAUUCAAAUUACAUUAUAGCUAUCAGAGAACAUAUAUGUGAUGGCCAAAUAAUAGAAACCUUCGUGGAUCCUACCAACAUAGGCAACAUUGGCAGAUUCCUAAACCAUUCUUGUGAGCCAAACUUAUUGAUGAUCCCCGUUCGUGUUGACUCAAUGGUGCCUAGAUUGGCACUUUUUGCAGCCAAAGACAUUUUGCCAAAAGAAGAACUUUCUUAUGACUAUUCAGGAAGAUUUCGUAAUUUCACAAAGAAUGAUAGAAACCAAGAAAUUCCAGAUAAAGACAAAAUGGGGAAACCUUGUUAUUGUGCUACCAAAUCAUGUGCUGCUUUCUUGCCUUAUGACAGUUCACUGUAUUCACCCUUAGAAAAACAAACCAAAAAUUAAAAGAGCAAUUUUUAAAAA